ACUCCCUGAAGACGGACAGCUGCAGACACCAGUGAGGACACCUCAGAGGAGCAGCCGAGCACACCGCGAAACCUCUCCGUUACACCGGAGCUCAGCGAGCGGACCACCCGGUGUUUAUUCGGUUCCUGUCGGUUCAAACAAGAGAAAAAGAAAAGCGCAACGGGGCGCUGCUGGAUCUACACCGCAACGCAUCUACGCAGCUACGAAGAGGCUGAGCAGAAAAACGUCGCAUCAUCGUUUAUGAAAAUGUUUUCCGUUAACGGCAUCCUCUGCACGCUCGCGCUGCUCGUCCUGUGGCGGGCGGAGGAGCUCGCGGAAGCGUGCAGCUGCGCUCCGGUACACCCGCAACAGGCGUUCUGCAACGCCGAUGUGGUGAUUCGAGCGAAGGUGGUAGGAAAGAGAGAGGUGCAUUCUGGGAAUGACGUCUAUGGGAACCCCAUCAAGAGGAUCCAGUAUGAGAUCAAGCAGAUCAAGAUGUUCAAGGGGCCUAACCAGGACAUCGAGGCCAUCUUCACUGCUCCUGUGUCCGCUGUCUGUGGCGUUACCCUGGAUGUCAACGGCAAGAAGGAGUACUUGAUCUCAGGCAAGGCCGAGGCCGACGGAAGCAUGCAUGUGACCCUGUGUGACUACAUCAUGCCCUGGGACUCCUUGAGCAACACCCAGAAGAAGGGCCUCAGCCAGCGCUACGAGAUGGGCUGCGAAUGCAAGAUUGUGCGCUGUCCCUCUUUGCCCUGUGAGAUCUCGGCUCCGAAGGAGUGUCUGUGGACGGACCUGAUGAUCGAGAAGCAGGUGCACGGACGCCAGGCCAACCACUACGCCUGCGUCAAGAGGGCGGACGGCUCCUGCUCCUGGUACCGCGGCAUCGCAUCGCCCAAGAAGGAGUUCCUGGACGCCGACGACCCUUAGUCACGUGGCUGACCUGACUGCCCACUGCACAGCCCGGCUGGGAAAUACAUGUUAACGAUUCCAUUGAAAUUAUAGAUAACAACAUCGGGCAAAGUGAUUUUUUUAUUAAAAAAAAAAAAAUGAAAAGGGAAAGCUAAUGUGACGGAAUUUACCUGCUGGUCUGAAAACAACCUUUAGCCUCUCUUUGUAUUUGAUGUUCGUUAGCUUGCUCGACUUUACUUGACGGGGCUCAGAGGUUGUUCUCAGACACGGCGUCUCUGUAACAAAACAAAUGAAAUGUCAUCGUGAGACAUAGACUGGUCAAGUGAUGAUGUCACUUCCUCCUGAGGCUGGCGUCAGGAGGAAGUCAAUUCUCUGGGCCACUGAGCACUUCCCUGCCCCUCAAAGUGCUUUCACAGCUCUGCUCUCCGACUCCACCAAUCAAUCCCAGAUCUCCUGACGAUCAUUCGUUACCCCUCGUGUUUCUACUUUUAUUACCUCAUUCUCCAUUUUAUUCCAAAGCCAAAUUACAAGUUGUCUUUCUUUUUUUUUUUUAAAUGAUUGUCUCGCUCUCUCUCUCUCUCUCUCUCUCUCUGAAUACAAUUAGUUACCGCUCCUCUCGUCUUCUCGAGCUGUUUGGCCACCGGUGACGCCCCACGACACGCUUAACUGUUUUCGUGAGUGCUCUUCUCUGGUUUCAUUAGGUGACAAUCUUUUCUCGUGGUGAUUUUAACUGAAGCCUGUGACCGUCGCAGGCCUCACUGGACCAGUCUAUGCUGUGUGAAGAUGAGCGCUCUAAAUUCAGACCGCUCAUGAGGUAAAGCGCCUCCUCGUCGCCCCCACAGUCCAAUCAGAAAUAUCCCAAAUUCAACUUCCUCAUCUUGUCUCAUCCCUCUCAAUUGUUCUCCCCACUAUGUAGCUGUACAGUACCCAUGCAUAUACUUUUGUUGUUACUUGAUUAUUAUUUACUGCAUUAGAACUAGAUUUGCACUUUUUGAGGAUGAGUUCCAGUAAAGACAAGAGCCUGAACACUCUCAUGUGACAGUUAUUAUAGUUCGCCGAGACCGACGGAUCCCCCUCAGGUGCAGAUUUCUCCUAUUUUGAGUGCUUUUGGUGAUCCAUAUUCACAGACUUAUUCUUGCUAUCUUUGUCAUAACAGAUAAAAUAGUACUUGCAAUGGAAGAAAAACAAAAAAAAGGGGCGCGUGAGAGGUUCGGUUAUAAGGGAUCUUUUUACAGAUUUUAUGUGUGAAAGAGAAAAGAAAAAGAGCUUUGUUGGAUGUUAUUUCAGUGUCUUUGUAUUAUCUGUUGAUUGUAAAUGCCAACAGCAGUUUCAUGGUUUGCCAGUAUAUUUUCGCAGAUGAUUAAUUUCAUGAGUAAUAAGGUCUUUACAUGCUUAACGUUAGCUUUGACUGCUCCCUCCACUUAUUAAUGAAAGCUUUACCGCUGUCAUAGAAAGUAAGUUACUCAAUCCAAGUUUACAGUGCUGUUUUAUACACCUCAAGCUACAUUAACACAUAUAUAUAUUAUAUGUUUGUGUGUGUAUAUAUAUAUAUAUGAUGGAGUAUUAGAGGCAUAAUUUAAAAGUAAACUUUCCACUUUCCAUUACCUUAUAUUUUUCAGUGUUCUAAUUAUACCUGUCAUGUGUUUUCUUUGUCCACGAUGUCUUUAGCUGUAGUGUCGAGGUGAGAACGUCCUCUUGCGCUGGAGUAACGUGAGAGUGAGGGAGAGUAAUCCUUUUUGGAAAGGUGUAGAGAAAUGGGAAAUGGGUACCUGUGUGAAUAGAGGACUGUGCAUGUGUUAGAUGCUUUAUGUAAGUCCGGGCAAAGGACAAAAUAUGCAGUAUUAUCAAAUAAAAACCACACGUUUGAAAGAAUGA